GGCGCGUUCCGGCCUAAACAGAGGCUCCGCUAGCCCCGCGCGGGAUUGGUUGUAGGUGGGGCUGGCGUGGGUCGCCAGCCGGAAGCGGAAGUGGAGGAAAGAUGCAGGACCAUCAGCACGUGCCCAUCGACAUCCAGACCAGCAAGCUGCUCGACUGGCUGGUGGACAGAAGGCACUGCAGUCUGAAAUGGCAGAGUCUGGUGUUGACCAUCCGAGAGAAGAUCAAUGCUGCCAUCCAGGACAUGCCAGAGAGCGAGGAGAUCGCCCAGCUGCUCUCUGGAUCCUACAUUCACUACUUCCACUGCCUAAGGAUUGUGGACCUUCUCAAAGGCACUGAAGCCUCCACAAAAAAUAUUUUUGGCCGGUACUCUUCACAGCGAAUGAAGGACUGGCAGGAGAUUGUAGCCCUGUAUGAGAAGGACAACACCUACCUAGUGGAACUCUCCAGCCUCCUGGUUCGGAAUGUCAACUAUGAGAUCCCCUCACUGAAGAAGCAGAUCGCCAAGUGCCAGCAGCUGCAGCAAGAAUAUAGUCGCAAGGAGGAGGAGGGCCAGGCGGGGGCUGCCGAGAUGCGGGAGCAGUUCUACCACUCGUGCAAGCAGUAUGGCAUCACGGGAGACAACGUCCGAAGAGAACUGCUGGCCCUGGUGAAAGACCUGCCGAGUCAGCUGGCUGAGAUUGGGGCAGGGGCUCAGGCCCUGGGUGAAGCCAUCGAUCUGUACCAGGCCUGUGUGGGGUUUGUGUGUGAAAGUCCUACAGAGCAGGUGCUGCCAAUGCUGCGGUUCGUGCAGAGGCGGGGGAACUCCACGGUGUACGAAUGGAGAAUGGGGACAGAGCCCUCUGUGGUGGAGCGGCCCCACCUCGAGGAGCUGCCUGAGCAGGUGGAAGAAGACAUGAUUGACUGGGGCGACUUUGGAGUGGAAGUGGCUGCCGAAGGGACCGAUUCUGGCAUCUCUGCCCAGGCUGCUGGAAUUGACUGGGGCAUCUCCCUGGAAUCAGACUCAAAGGAAGCUGGAGGUGAUGGGAUUGACUGGGGAGACGACGCCGCUUUGCAGAUCACAGUGUUGGAAGCCGGAACCCAGGCUCCAGAAGGUGUUGCUAGGGGCCCAGACGCCCUGACACUUCUCGAAUACCCCGAGACCCGGAAUCAGUUCAUCGAUGAGCUCAUGGAGCUCGAGAUCUUCUUGUCCCAGAGAGCCGUGGAGAUGAGUGAGGAGGCAGACAUUUUGUCUGUGAGCCAGUUCCAACUAGCUCCAGCCAUCCUGCAGGGCCAGACCAAGGAGAAGAUGGUUACCAUGGUAUCAACACUACAGGACCUGAUUGGCCGGCUCACCAGUCUUCGAAUGCAACACCUGUUUAUGAUCCUGGCCUCCCCAAGGUAUGUGGAUCGAGUGACGGGGUUUCUCCAGCAAAAGCUGAAGCAGUCCCAGCUGCUGGCUUUGAAGAAAGAGCUGAUGGUGCAGAAGCAGCAGGAAGCGCUUCAGGAGCAGGCAGCCCUGGAGCCCAAGCUAGAUCUACUGCUAGAGAAGACCAAGGAGCUUCAGAAGCUGAUCGAAGCUGACAUUUCCAAGAGGUACGGUGGGCGCCCCGUGAACCUGAUGGGAACUUCUCUGUGACAGCCGCCACAGAUCCACCUGCCCGUCUUCCCAGCCUUCUGGCAGGAGGGGAAGACAGCCUGGGCUGAAGUGGCAGGGCCCUUCCUAGCCAGAGACCAUGGGAUUGGAGGAUGGAAAGCCACGUGAAGGAGCCAUCUCCUCGAUGGUGACCUUUGACACUUGCUAUACUCUUUGGCAAGAAGCUAUCUUGAUUGGCCCUGUGACCCUCAGUCUGAGACCACAGUUUCUGGGGCUUCUCAUCAUCUAGUUGGACUUAAUAAAAAAGGAAGAGGCUCUUGCUUCACUACUGACA